AUGGGCAGGACAAAUAUCAAGUAUGAAUUGAUUCCCGAUGAAUCUGAUAGGAAAGCGAGCUUCAAAAAACGGAGGGUUGGUUUUCUAAAGAAGCUGAAAGAACUCAGUACUCUUUGUGGGGUUGUUGCAUGCGCAAUCAUUUUCAGUGAUUAUAAUUCCUCUCCAGAUGUUUGGCCUUCUCCCUCCGAAGCAACAUUGGUGCUCGAAAAAUUCAAGAAUUUGCCUCCAAAUAAAAAAGGCAAGUACAUGAUGGACCAGGAAACUUUUCUUAAGAAAAGCAUAGCCAAGCUGAAGCACAAAUUGGAGAAAGAAACGAAGAAAAACCAAAGAAUGGAAUUGGAACUUACUUUGAAGAAAUGCAUAGCUGAUGGUAAUGUGCACCAUUUGGAUUCUUUGGAGAAUGCAAAUGACUUGAGUGAUUUGUUGCAGGAAAAGAUUGAACGCCUCAGCAUCGGAAUUGAGCGUGCAAAGUCUAAAACUGAAGACAAGUAG